GUGACUGGUUCGAAGGCGAGGCCAGCUGGGUCAGCUCAGCUGACUAAACAAACAUUGGGAGCCAUGAGGGUCGCCGCGGUCAGAGCAGCAGUCCACGCCGCCAAGGAAAAAGUGAAGAUUGAUUUGUACUAUGAUGUGGUGUCUCCUUAUGCAUGGCUUGGAUUUGAGACUCUCAACAGGUACAAAGCACAUUGGAACAUUAAUCUACACCUGAAGCCUGUGCUUCUUACUGGUAUUGGGAAGGCUGCUGGGACUAUUGCACCAGCCAUGAAGCCCAACAGAGCUCCCUACUUAGUGAAGGAUUUGCAUCGCUCAGCAGCCUACUUUAAUGUACCUAUCAACUUUCCAAGUGAUGUUUUCGAGUUGAUGUUUGUAAAGGGUUCUCUCAUCCCUUCUCGCUUCCUGACUGCCAUUGGCCUGUUGCAUCCCGCUCAUCUGGAGGCUGCAAGCCGCCAGCUGUGGUUGGCAGCUUGGAGCAGGGAUGAGGACAUCACAUCGCCUGAGGUGUUAGCAGCAGCAGGCUUAGCAGCAGGUCUGACACCAGAAUCACUUGCGGAGGUGAAGGAGCAGAUGGGUCAGCCAGCCAUCAAGCAGCUUCUCAAAGCCCACACUGAUGAAGCCGUUGGAUAUGGGGCUUUUGGAGUGCCCACUAUAGUUGCCCAUGUUGGGGGAAAACCAGCACUUUUCUUUGGGUCUGACAGGUUCCCCAUACUGGCUCAAGAGAUCAAUGAGACCUGGAUGGGUCCUGAACCAGGUGUAGGAAGUGCAAAACUUUGAAAAGGUGUGCCUUACAGGAAACUGUUGGGUAAGUGGUGAUACAUAUAAGGUGUAUAAUCAUUUUGAUGAAGUGAUGUAAUUUGAUGUAUAUAAGAUGUAUAAUAAUGUCAUGGUUUUAUAGGGUUUAUUAAAUAUUUGCUACUUAAUGGCUAAGUUUGUUAAGAAGUGAGGCAAACGAAUUGUUCAUGAAUAACUUUGAACAUAUUUUCUUAUAAAUUUCAUUUGAAAUAAAAUGUCAUUACAGUUAA